AUGUCUCAGAAACAAGUGAAACCUUUCGGAUCUUGGGAUUUUUCACUUCCUACUAGUUUUGUGACCUCAGGGGAAUUCAAAGGAUUUCCUGAACUUCAACUCACUCAAGGUUUGUAUUUAUUUUGAUCAAAAAAUACACUAUCAUUUCAGAUGGGACUGUUUAUCUUCUCAAACAAUUGAGUAGCAAUGGAAGCCGAGUAUUAUUUAGGAAAACAUUAGGUUCAAGUGAUUUUGAGAGGGUUCCAGUUGAGGAUAAGAUCAAAAAUGGAGGUAGGUGCUAUAAUAUAAAAGUUGUAAUAAAUUUGGCUAAUUAUUCAAAGUGUAAAAUGUCAGUGUUGGAAGUUAAUUUGACAGUUUUUUAAUCUGACGUCAACUUGCCGUCAAACUGCGUCAUUUUCGGCAUUUUGGUUCUUUCAAACACGAGUUUAGCAUACAUUAUGAUGAAUAUCAUUAAUAUUGGUCGUAACUUGUUUUAUUGCUUAUUUCAUCAGAAAUUUGGUUCCUAAAAAUUUUAAAUUAGUACGAUUUUAUAGCAAAAAUUUACAAAAAUUUUCUAAAAACUUCAAUUUGACAAUCAAAAUGCCAGAACAACUUGACAUGACGAAAAUGCUGCUUCAAGUUAACGACAUAACAUCCCUAGUUUAUAUGAUGCUCCUUAGGACUUAAGCUUUGUUUCCAGUUAAUGCGUAUGGUGCUCUCUCGGUCUUUGCCCGCAGCAAGGACGAAUUUGUUUAUACCAGCCCAUCAAAGAUCACUUGGGUUAGACAUGGAGAAAAGAGGAGCUUCCAGGCCGAGAAGAAAGAGUUGGGUGAUUUGAACAUUUACAAGGAUCAUGUUUAUGCGCUCGUGGAGGAUAAAAACGUCAGGCCGUCGACGCAGUCAAUCGCGAGAUUUGAUUUUAAUAAUCCGGAAGAUGAAUUGACAAUUGCUGAAGGAUAUGAUUUUUAUGCGUCACCAAGAGUCAGUCCUGAUGGUCAAUAUCUCUUGUAUACGGGUUGGAACGAUCCUAACAUGGUAAGAGGUUGGUGGUUAUAGGCCUUUUUAUCAAUUUUUAUAUUGUACUAGACUCUUAUAUAUUUGCCUAAAAUUUUAGCCAUGGGAUGCGACUACUGUUCACCUUGUCGACCUUAACAAAAACCCAAAGACUAGUAUACGCGUUCUCCCUCAUGAUGAGAAGGCUCUCACCAAUUAUCAGGCCAUUCAAUGGGCUCCAGAUUCGAAAUCAUUUUAUUUCAUCAGCGAUCAUGAAGACUCUUGGAUAAUCUAUAACUACAAUAUUGAGAACAGUGAGUGCUUUUUGGUUGUCAAAUUUGUUUUCUUUAUUUUUGCAUUACACCAAAAUUUUUGAUAUUACACUUGACGCUCUGAGAUUAUUUUUAGUUUUUUGCAGAUUUCAUUCAUCGCGUGGCUUCUGUUCACGGUGCAGAUCUGGGAGACGCAAUUUGGCAGAUUGGGGAUGACAAAUUUUAUGCGGUAAAUGAGAAUUACGUAAUCUACAGUGCCAAUGAAGUGUUGUUCAAGAAGAAUGUGAAGACAGAGGAAGUGUCAUCUAUUGAAAUUCCUGGUUUCAAUACGUUUAAUAAAAUAUUCAUUGAUUCCAAUGAUAAUGUUGUGUGUUUAGCACAAGGCCCGGUCAAAGGGGAUACCGUUCUUCAUAUAACUCAGGACGUAAGUUGAUGCUAAUAUAAUAUAAUUAAUACAAUUUUAUUCGAUUUUGAUAAUAAUAAGAUUGAUGUUUAGAAUCACCUUCACAUCCUUGAUCAAGCCUAUGACUCGACGGUUUUGGAGGAAUAUGGAUUUGGCGAAUAUAAACUACUAAAUUAUGAUGUAUUUGAUGAGAAAACCGGCGAAAAAUUUGUGAUCAGCGGCUACUUUUACUCUCCAGUGGUGAGUUAUAAAGCACACGGGAGAGUAUCCGUAUUUUAGAAGUUAAAAUUAAUUUUUGCUUACACUGAUGUUAUGACAUCACAUUUUUGUUUUAGAACCCCCAUUUCGAAGGACCUCCGGAUGAGAAGCCGCCAGUCAUCCUAAUGGCCCAUGGAGGUCCUACAGCCCAGACUAAACCUACAUUUGACAAGAAGAAGGCCUUCUAUCAGUCCAAAGGCUUCGCGAUUUUCGAUAUUAAUUAUCGAGGAUCCACUGGAAAAGGGCGCUACUUUAGAGAUGCCUUAUAUGGAAAGUUCGGCCAAGCAGAUGUCCAAGAUGUGUGUGAUUCGAUCAAAUUCCUAUCAGAGGGAGGUCCAGCCUUAGAAUUCAUCAAUCCGGAUAAAGUUUUCAUCACUGGCGGGUCAGCUGGAGGAUAUCUUCUCCUAAGGGCUUUGGCCAGAAAUCCCGAGGCAUUCCGAGCCGGCGCUUGCUCGUAUGGAUUUUGUGAUAUAUACGCAUUGUGCUCUGAAGAUCAUAAGUUUGAGUAUGCAUACAAUUAUGCACUGAUUUCACCAAAAGAAGACAGUAAGGUAAGGAAAUAUCAUAGAUAUCGUAGAUGUUAAUUUAGACAUGGGAAGAAAGAAACAUGACCGAUAAAUUGGACCGAAUUAAGACCCCGUUGAUGUUAUUCCACGGUAAAGAAGACCCUGUGGUCCCAUACGCUCAGAGCAUUUCGAUUUAUGAAGCCUUGAAAAAGAAUAAUAUCCCAACUGGCCUCGAACUCUUUGAAGGGGAAGGGCACGGAUUCAGAAGCAAGCCAGUCAUUGAGAAAGUACUGGAUACUACUUACAACUUCUUUUGUGAAGCUCUGGGGGUAACUCCUGGCAAGUCGGAAGCGUUGCCACCAGGAAAAUCCAUCAAGUUGCCCAAUCAGGCGGUCAGGCUGGCCCUCAAAGCUGUUGCCAAGAUAUAG